AUUACUUUUUCAGCCUCACAAUUUAAGGUUUUUAAUUUUUACGAAGUUGUUGACAGGUUUUGGAAUUUUUCUUUUGAUUUGACAUGAUUCAUAAUGUUUUGUAGAUCAGCUCAAAAAUGCUACUUCAGUUAUAUUUUAAAUUUAGAAAAUGAGACAGUAAAGUGUGAAAAUAAUUGUGGGCUCUGAAUACUUUUUCAAUGCACUGGACAACACAGAGCAUCCUGACAGAUCAUACCACAGCCUGGUAUGGAGGCACCAAUGCACAGGAUUGAAAAAGGCUACAGAGGGUUGUAGACUCAGCUGGCCCCAUCACAGGCACAAUUCUCCUUGCCAUCAAGGGUAUCUUAAAGAUGCAGUGCCUCAAAAAGGCAGCAUUCUUCACUGAGAUGCACACUCAACAUUUCAGGAACAUGACCACAUACUUAAUUUUUGGACAGCUUGUUUGUGGGCAAAAAAUAGUAUUGAUUAAUGAAGAUUUUGGAUUUCUUUUAUUUUCAGAUACAGUUAAACAGAGCCCUGGAAUCCGAUACAUCACUGAAGACCUGAUCAAAAAACUAUCAAAACAAGAACAAUUGGGUUCCAUACAAUCCCUCAAUCUUUGCUUGUCAAAAGCAGCAGGGAAGAAGUUUAAGUUUAUAGAAAACCUUGAAAAAUGUGACCAUUUACUUGUCCUGAAUUUGAGCAACAAUGUGAUUGAGAAAAUAGAAAAACUGGAAAAACAAUUAAAGCUGCGGGAACUUAGCCUUUCAUACAACCGAAUUUGUAAAAUUGAAGGUCUGGGGCACAUGGUGAACCUUCAGAAUCUGGUGCUAGCUGGAAAUUAUAUUGAACAAAUUCCUUCAUGGGUUGGAAAGAAGUUGCGAUCCCUACGUGUUCUCAACCUCAAACAGAACAAUAUUACUUCGCUUCAUGAUGUAUCUAAACUGAAGUCUUUGAGAGAGUUGACUUCACUAAACCUGGCAGAUAAUCCUUUAGCCAGUCUUCCACAUUAUCGACUGUACAUCAUUUAUCAUUUACGCUCUUUGAAUAGCUUGGAUGGAUGGCCAGUAACUCUCCAGGAAAGGCAAGAGGCUCAUGAACGAUUUCAUUUAGAAGAACUAGAGAACCUUGAGAAGGAACUUGCAAAGAAGAUGAAAGAGAUUGAGUUGUUAGAACAGAAGCACUUCAAGGCAAUGGAUGACAUCAGAAGCCAAGAACAACGGAAUAGGACACUUGAAUUGGAACAUCAACAACAGAAGAACAACUGCAAAAAACUGGAGAGAGAGGUGGAGACCAAGAAUGAGCUGCUGAAGCAGAAGACAGUGGAACUAACACGGGCUUGUCAUAAGCAAUAUCAGCUGGAGCAGGAAUUGGCAUUUUACAAGAUUGAUGCCAAGUUUGAACCACUUCAUCAUAUUCCAACUGAAAACUUCGAUUUGCAAGAAAUUCCAAAUGAGAGUCCUUACAUUGGGAAAGCCAGGUACAAAAGAAAUCAAUAUAUUCAAGAACAUACCAUUAAUCCAGUGCAGCAUGGAAAAGUUGGAAAAAUUCAGUUUGAUGCGGAUGAUGAGGGAAAAAAUAAAAUGAGAACAAAUCUUAAUCAGGCAAUGGAUGUUCAGCUUGAAGACAAGGAAAAGAAAAUCCAGAAAGCUGAAGAGUCACUGAGACAAUUUCAGGGUGAAAAAGAAAAGGCAGAACAGCAAGUUUUGAGAACAGUUAAAGAGCUAAAAAAUCUGGAAGAGUUAACGGCUCAAAAACAGAUCUCAGUAAUUGAAAAAGAAAAGCUCAAACGGCAUUUUGCACAGAAGAUCCAGCUGAUUAACCAUUUGCGUCAGGAGACUGAGGAACUGGAGCAGCAAAUGGAAAGAAAGUGGAGAGAAAUGGAAAAAAAACAGCAUGAGAUUCUUGAUCUCGAAAAUAAUUUAAGAUCUAUUGAUCCUAAAGAUCCUCAAUAUGCACAUUUGAAAGCUCAAAUGGUAAAUAAAACUCAACAGUUUGACACAAUGUCCAAGCAAUACAAGCAGUUAGAGAAACGCUUAGAUGAAAUGCUCUCCAGGAUUGCCAAGGAAACUGAGAGCAUCAAAGAUCUGGAAGAACAACUGACUGAAGGUCAGAUAGCAGCUAAUGAGGCACUGAAACGAGACUUGGAGAGCAUUAUUGCUGGGUUGCAAGAGUACUUGGAGAGUGUAAAGGGACAGGCAAAGCAAGCUCGGGAGGAAUGCACAGAGCUGCAGAAGGAAAAGCAGACACUAUUACAUCAACUGUCUGAUCUGGAACAAGAGAAGAAUCAACUGGAAAUUGUUGCCAUGGAUGCGGAUAACUUGAGAAAAGAAUUGUCUGACAUGGAACGUUCUUUACAAGAACAGCAAGAAUUGAACGAAUCGCUGCACCAAGCUCAAGGUGAUCUCAGCGAGUAUGAAGCUGAAUUGGAGUCUCAGCUACAAGCAAGGGACAGUGAAGCAAAUCAACUUAGAGAGGAACUGGAGCGACUGCGAAAGCUCAGUCAAAUGGAACAAUCUGCUCUGCAAGCGGAACUGGCAAAGGAAAGACAAGCACUGGAAAACGCUUUAGCAAAGGCUCAAUUAGUGGCUGAAAAGGAGCAUGAAAACAAGAAAUUAGUUGCGCAGCUAAAAAAUCUACAGGUUGAUAACUCCUUGUUGAAAGAACAGCUUAAAGAGUUACAGACACACAUGAAUCAAACGAUAAAGACCAUGAUUCAUCCAGAGGAAGUGUCCGCUCGCGUUUCUGAACUUAGAAGAAAACUGGGUUCUGGUAUUCAGGAGAUCAGGCCUUACAACCAGGGAGACACUUUGGGAAAGAACCUUGCUGAAUUGCAGAAGCAGUUGAAUGAAACAUUAAAGCAUUCACAACAAGAAAAAGAGGAAGUAUUAUGUCAUUGUAAGAGAUUAGAACAGGAAAUUAUGACAUUACAAGAAGAACUGAGGAAUACUCAGGAGGAUUCUAAGGCAGCAUAUGAAAAAGCAGCAGAGACACUGAUAAAAUCUGAGAAAGAGAUCAGUCAAGCUCAAGCACAGCAGCUGAAGAAUAAGAUAGCAGGUCUCCAGGAGCGACUGAGAAACAUGCAAGAGUUACAGGCUCUUGCUGACGAGCAGCUCCAGGAGGCAGAUGAAAAUCGGGAUAAACUUCUACAAGAACUCGAAGCUAAAGAAAAUAAGAGUAAAAUGGAGGAUGCAAGAACUCAUUUGAAGUUAUGUAAUCUUGAGAAAGAGGUGAAAGACUUGAAAGCAACCAUGGCUGCUUCUGACAAGAUGGCUGCCAGACAACUUUCCACCGCCAGGGACCACCUGAAAGCUUUUCAGGGAACUGUUCACAAACUGAACCAAGAAAGGACAGAGGAAACGGAGGUAGCAGAAAAAUUCCGGGCUGAGGCAACUCGGGCAGCUCGAGGUCUUGCCAAAGCAGAGGCUGAAAUUGAGCUGCUGCAAAGUCUAUUAAAGGACAAAGAAAACCAGAUUCUAGAUGAAGUCCAGGGAUUUGAUUUUGGAGCAAAUAGUGUGAAUGCCCAACAGCUAGAAAUUGAGAGACUAGGUCGAGCUCUAAAUCGACAAAGUGCAGAAGUGAAGUGUCUUCAGGAUCAUCUCAAUCAUAUGAGAGAAGGUAACUUAAGUGAAAUGGAAGAGUUAAUGAAUGAAAUCUCUGCUCUCAGAAAUGUCCUUAGCAAUCAGAAUGACUACAUUAACAGUAUGAUGGAUCCAUUUAAAAGAAGGGGUUACUGGUACUUCAUGCCAUCUUCACCAAAACCACCAAGCCUGAGAUCUCAAAACAGCCACACAAAAGAUUCUGGAUUUAGCUCCCUCCAUCAAGUUCCACCAUCCCCAAGUCAGGGAUCAAUUCCUAGAAGAGGAGGCAAGGAAGAAUGUACAUCAGUUCCAGGUGGUUAUUGGGUCUAUUCACCAAUAAGACGUACCUCACAAUGGACUCGUACCCAGAGAGCAGCUGAUGAUGAAGAUAGUGGGACCGAAAGUGAUGGAAAUGGCACAGCUAAGCAAACAUUUAUUGCUCCACCCGGUUCAGUCAUUUAUACCAUGUACCCUGAUGGUACUCCGUUGCCUCAAGGGACUGUAGUGUAUGGACCUGCACCUGCACAACCAGCCAAUGUUAGUCCUGUCCCUCCAGGCACAGUUCUUUAUGGACCACCACCACCUGGAACACAAGUUGUUUAUGGACCUCCCCCUGUCAACUUUACCAUCCCUCUUAUUCCUGAAGGUGAUCUUCACUGCAAUGUACAGGAGCACCAUGACCUGGAGAAUGAAGUCAGUAAACUAGAAGAUAUUAUAGCACACUUAAGAUCUCAUAAAUCCAAACAUUCAAAAACAGCUGCUUCUAUAGAUCGUCAUCAUGAGCAGAUAGAACAACUUCGUAAUGACAUCUAUGAGCUACUGCAGGAGAGAGAAGAAUUGGAGCAUGAAGUUGAGGAAUUGCACAAAGUGGUCCAUAAGCGCACCAAUCAAAAAGACUUUUUAGAUGGACACAUAGAUCUGCUCAUGAAUGAACUCGAAGUGGAAAAAUCUCUAAAGAAGCAUGAUGAUGUUGUUGAUGAAAUUGAAUGUGUGGAAAUGACUCUCUCAAAGCGGAGGGCAGAGCUACGAGAAGCAGACAGAUUAUUAAUGGAUGCUGAGGCAGAUCUCAAAAGUACAAGGGAAAAGUCAAAAGAAAUAAUCCAGCGAUGCGAUGAUGCCAGUAAACGCUUGGUAGACACUGAGAAAGAUGCAGAAGAGUUGGAGCAAAGAGCGCAUGACACUGCAGUUAAACUAGUUAUGGCUGACAAGCAACUCAGAUUAAUGAAGAAUGACUUGAAAGACCUGGAACAACAAAAAGCUGAACAAGAGAGUAUGCUGAACAAAAUUAACAAAGAAGUAUCCACAGGAAAUUUAGAAUUGCAGACACUUGUACAAAAUAUGGAAAACAUGACUGAAAGUCUAGAAAAACUGCAAGCAGAGAUUCUUUCAGCAGAAACUAAAGAGAAACAGCACCUGGAGACUUUGGAAGAAGCAGCAAUGUUGCUAGAGGAUAAAAAGAGUGAAUUGGAAACACUAAAUAGCAAGGUUAAAGUGCUGAGGGAAGAAUUAAUGAUGUUGGACAAAUGUUCAGGUAAAAAAAAAGAGGAGCUUAACUUCCUUCAGAGUGACAUUGACAAGAGAAAAGCAAGCCUCUCAGAGGUUCUUUUGGAAGGCGAGGCAGAGAAGGUCGAUAAGCAAUGUCAAAUUCAGCAGCUGAAGGCAUUGCUUGAGGAGAUGAGUGCACGGAAAGGAGAGCUGAAUGCUCAGAUUACUGAAAAGAAUUCACGCCUCUCCUUAACAAAACAAGAAGUGAAAAACGAGGAAGACAAGCUCCAGAGCAUCCAAGUACAGAUAAAUAAGCAAAAGACAGAACUUGUACAUGUUGUGGAAAUGGUACAAUUAGAAAAUGAUGCACUUUUGGGAUUGAAACAGCGGCAUGAAAAGAAAAUCAUGGAACUGGAGAGGACACAAGCAGUACUGCAGGGGGAGAAGAGUGAACUGGAAAAUUUGCAGCGUAUCUCGCAGAAUCAACAAGCAGAAAUAGAACAUCAGAAACAGAGUAUUGAGAAGGAGCAGCAAGAGGUAGACCAGCUGACCACAAAGAAAAAUUCCCUUCAGCACAGUAUUGACUCUCUCGAUAAAGAGAAAAAACACAUUGGGGAGAAUUGCCUUGUGCUGGAGAACAAACUUUCUCAAAGAAAGAGAGCUGUUGAAGUCACUGAAGACAAUAACAGAAGGGCUCUGUCUAAACUGCAGCAACUACAAACAGAGAUGAGUGAGCUGAAUCAGGAAAUAAAUCAAAUUAAGAUCCAGAAGGAAGAGUUAAAUCAGAAAAUGGCAUACACACAAAACUUUCUACAAGAGGAAAAGGCAGAGCUGGAGAAGGUGAUGGAUAACAUUCAAACUACAAAAGAUCAGCUGCAGUUAGCAGAACAGGAUCUUCAGAAUGUCACUAAGAAACGUGACAUGUUAAAAGUGGAGCAGGUGACUUUGAAGGAAAAUGUUAAUCAAAGUGCAAGUAAAUACAAAUCCUAUCUGGAGAAUGAAAAAAAGAAAGAACAGGAGUUACUGAGAAUUCAGCAACAAAUUGAAGAAAAGCAACACGAACUCGCAGAACAGCAAAAUAUGCUGCAGUCUAUCAAAAAGGAUGUUAAAUCUGAAGAGACAAAAUUGGAGCAGUCUGCAACUAAAUUAAAAGACCAGAUCCACGCCUUGGAGGCUGAACUGUCAGACAAAAAAAUUGAACUUGAGCAGGUGGUUACAAAGGUGAACUUGAUGGAAGAUCGAUCAAGGAAAGUGCAGCACAAUGAAGAACAGUGCAUUAUCUUGGAGAAUCAGAUCGUGACCCUGACACGUCAGCUAUCUGAUCGAGAGCAACAACACCAGGAAACAAUGGAUGAACUGGCAUUUCUUCAAAGAGAAAUUCAGUUCUCAAAAAACAAUGUAACCCAUCUUCAAGAGUGGCUUCAUUCAGAGAGAAAAAAGGCAGAGAAGCAAGUUGCAGUCAUCACAGAAGAGUCCAAAGCUCAAAGAGCUCAGCUAGAGAAGGCUUUUAAUGAACAAAAGCAUGAAAAUAGCAGACUGCAGAAGGAAUUAUCUUCAAUCGACCAGGUUGCACGUGAUAACCAUGCCCAAGUUGAGAGUGUCAUGAGUGAAUUAAAUGAGAUGAGACAGAAAUAUUUUGAACUUAAACAACAGCUGAGAAAUCAAGAACAAAUGGAACAACGGCAGAAGGAGAUAAAGGAAGCAAUAAGAAUACUUCGGUCAGACGUUAAAGCAGAAAUUGGCAAUAGUUUAAAAGAAUUAGAUCGGUCUUCUGUUGAACCAAAGAGUGAUCUGAAUGUUACUUUGGAAGAGGAAGAAACACUUCAGUGUGAAAAAGAGAGCCUGAAGGAGAAUUUUCCCUUUGCUGCCAUUGACAGAAGUCACCCAAAUUUCGAUGAGAGGUUAAGGCUAACAAAAUUCAAUUUUAAGGAUGAACAGUGGCGUGGAGAAGUGCUAAGAGAAAACUUACGACAACAAGAAGAUCGGCUAAAGGCACAGAUUCGUCAGUGCAUGUCAGAACAAGCUGAAGCACUCUGUAAACGAAGGCAGCAGACACAGGGUAAUCUGACAAACCUGAGAAGGCGAGUGGAUGCCCUGGAUGAACUUGUUACCAGCAUGAGUGUAAACUCAUCUCAUCAUUAUCAGACUGAUGGCACAAGUAAGGUUUCACUCCACAGAAUAUCCCAGUCGCCAUCCAGGAGACCAGCCGAAAGAUUUUUACAGGGAAAGCAUUCCCAUUUGCUUGGUACUGAACAAGUUUCAGAAGACAGUUGGUAGUAUUGCAGGGCAGUUUGAACAAUGAAGGGACUUCACCAGCCACAAAGUAGACAAGGAAACUGAUCUACCUCAAUUAUUUCAAUCUCUUGUGGAUCCUCAUUUAGCAAAGCUACAGAGUGUGGCCUUGUGCAUACUGUUUCCGUUUUAUUACAAUUGUUAUUAAAGUACCAGGUGCCAUAUUGUUCAUCAAGCAGACCAUUGCAGGUAUUUUGGGAUUUUUUUUUAAAGAAUUUAUCCCAGCUACUGUUUUAAAAUUUGGAUAUUUAAAUUUAGCAUUAUUUUUAUGCAAUUACACAGUCUUGUUUCAUAUCUGCACAGUAUGUUUGUACAUUGUUUUUAUAUAAAUAUUGUAUAUGUA